GAGGAAGUUUGGUAUGAGGAAGUACUCUAGCCACCCAUGACCAGGAGUCCUUGACCUAGAACUAGUUGUAUAAGCAUCUUCCAGGAAGUGGAAACUUGCAUCACAAAAAGGGAGACCCUUCAGCUCAGGAUUUGAUCCACUGCCUGUAAAUAACAUCCCUUAUGUCCCAAACAGACAUUUAAUGGGCUGCUGAGAGCGAAGAACCGCAUACUGUAGAGUUGGAGUGGCCGGGGCUGGGGGCUGCAGUGUUCCAGUACACUCUCUCUCUCAUUCUUUCUCUCUCUCUCCCCCUCUCUCUCUCUUUCUCUCCUCCUCUCACUCUCCCUCCCCUCUCUCUCUCUCUGUCUCUUCCUCUCUGUCUCUUUCUCUCUUUCACUCUCUCUCUCUCUCUCUCUCUCUCUCUCUCUCUCUCUCCACACAUGAGCCCUGGGUCUUAAUGCGAAGCUCUGGAACUGCUACGGCAGAUAUGAGGCUCUCACACAUGGACUCCACACACACACACAGGGCUUCAAGAUGAUGACAGAUGAUCGUUCGCUCUUUGAUGAAAUGAGGAGAUAAAAGAGAAGAUAUUAUAAUCUGGUCGAUUCUGCUCAUGCCGCUGGAGAUUGUUCCAGACUACAGCAGAAUGUCAUUUUGUCACAGCCUCCAUACAUAAGGAGCAGCCUGCUGAUUCAGCCACAUCGGCAUCAUGGCAGGAGAGGCUAAACGGACAUAUGCCACCAAAGAGCUGGAUACAGAUCCCAAGAAGGAAGAAAAGAAGCUUGCAAGUGAGCUGUUCAACGAGAAAGGAUCCCCUGAGCACUUUCGAAAUGUGUGUGUGGAGUCACAGACUGUUAACAAUAAUACAAAGUCUGUAGAAAAGGAGAAAGACAACACUCAGCAACGUGAAGCUGUUAUCCGGCCACAACAGGCAGGAAAAAUCGAUUUCAAGUCGUUGCAGAACCGCUCGAACUUUGCCGGUGAUAGAACAUGGCCUAAUGGCAAGGUCAGUCCACAGUCUCCAAGUGGAAAAAGUCGUAUUCGGGAUAAAGGGAAAAAGGCAGGAAAAACAGAGCGUGCUAACCCGCAGCAGCUGUGCAGACUGAGUACUACAAAUACACGUUCCAAUCCCACAAUAGGGAUAGCCUAUCCACAGCAGAAGCUUUCACCUCCCAAGAAGCUGGAGGCCAGCCGGGGCCCUGUCUCAGGCAGCUACAGGUUUCAUGUACCAAAUAUUCCAGAGCGAGAAGCAGAACUACAGCAGGAGGAGUUCAACCUCACCCGUUGUUUCCAGGAGGGCUCUAACCUCAUAUCUCCAAGCUAUACCUCACAACCAGUGGGCUCUACAACUGGGGGCUCUUCUCACCAGCACCCGGUAUCCACUGCACCACAGCAGCAACCUGGUGCAUUGGAGACCAAUAACACACAACCUGUCAAUCAAAUGCUUUUCCCUGAUUUUCAGCUAAGUGGAGCUGACAUGUGGCAGUCUCCUGACAGAAAUGUCAAUAAUGGCAGUUUUGGGGUCUCAUCACAAAAGUCGAACAACGUUGUGGAACUGAACAAACCCAAUGGCUUUGUCCCAUUACCAUUUCAGUAUGGGUAUCCAUUAUUGGAUAAUACAGAUUCAUUUCCCUGUGAUCAGAACCCACAGCCACAAGAUUUAAUAGAAGCGUCUUUGGGCCCUAACCAAGUGACCCAAAACUCAUUUUCUUAUCAGUCUUCUGGGGAGGAGCAUGAGGUUGUGCAAAGCAAUACAAAACUGAGCUAUGAACAGUCAGAGGACAGACAAUAUUCUUUACACUCCAAACCUCCCCAGUAUUUGCAGACUCCCCAUGCUAUACCAUUGUCUGUGCAUUGCACAAGAAGCAUAGGUGAUGGUGGUAAUAAUGAUGAUUGCAAAGAAUCAAACAAUAAACAACUAGAUAAGAAAAAGUGUGCUUUAUCUGACAAGUCAGAUAAUUAUUGUUCAGUAGAAACUAGGGAUAUCAGUUCUACUACAGGGGGCAAAAGAGGUUGCCAUUCCAAAAACAGUACUUCCAGUCAAAGAGUUCUUAUUCAAGGCAGUGUACAUCACAUCAGAAAUAUUGCACAGGGUCAAAGUCCCCAAAUGCACUUUUCCAAAAAGAGUUAUAACAGCUCCCCAACAAAUAUUAUGCAUGUGGGCUCAGCACCUCUUGACAAAAACAGUAGAGUAGCACAACCAUGGGAAGAGCCAAACAAAGCCUUCCAAUUACCCUUAGCUCAGAACUCCUCCCUGUACCCAUAUCAGUGCCAACCCCCCCUUGAGCAAAGACAAAAUGCAGGAAUUAACAACCGCAUGCCCUGGCAACAGAUCCGCCAUACAGCAGCCAUGCCAAACCAAAACAGGAUUGAGUUUUCCAGACAACUUAGUAAUCAAAUGGCUUUUUUGAUACCUCCUGACUUGAAAGAGGAUAGCAAGUCUCAAAAAAAUAAUGCACAGAAAAGCUCUAAUGAUUUUCCCAACAACAGGCCGAGUGAAGCUUUUUUAAAACUGAGGCAAGACAGUGUCAAGCAAGGGUGUAAUACAAUAUCACCAUGUCAGUUUACAAAUAAAGUGGAAUCAAGCCAAAACCAAGUUGGAGAUGCCAAAAAUAAGUCAUUGUACUUUGCUGUAAAUCAUGCAGUGCAUGGGUCCACACCAAGAACCCCUGGUUACCCCCCAUUACAUGUUCCACCUAUGGAACUAAUGAUGGUGUCCCCAUAUGAUUCACCUUCACACUCACCUAUUCAAAACCAAAUGGCUAGCAGCACUUGUUCCUCUCUUUCACCAAACUCUACUAGCCCUGCCAGCAGUAGCUCUGAUGACAGCCAGAAGACUUCUCCAUCUCAGUUUUUUACUCAUGCACAAAAUAAGUCAUCACUAGACAACCUGAGUUCUAAUCAGCAUCACUACAAUUCAGAUGUUUCCCGUAGCCUGCGCUACAACCAAGAAAAAGCCAAAGAGAGUUUUUCAUCAAAUAUCAGACAUGUAAAAUCUAGCAUGGAAAGUGGGAAAGGUUGUAUAGACAGCUAUGGAAUGGAGCACCGUCCACCACCACCAUAUUCAGCUCACCAGCUGAACCUUGACCAACUGGAUGUACUUCUCACAUGCAAGCAUUGUAAUCAGAAUUUUAAUAACGUGGCCUCUUUUCUUGAUCAUAAGCUAUACUGUGGACAGCAUACAUUUGCACAAAAUGACUUCAAAGAUAUUCGGAAAGUGGAAGAUACAAGGAAAUUUCAUGGUGAUCACACAAAGGCUAUCUCGUCUGGUACCAAUUUUGCUAUGUCACGGAGUUCAUCUGAUUUGCAUAUGUCCCUGCUUGGGCUCAACAAGAAUGGGGAGAUAAUGCCUGACAGUGAAAGCAAAGCUGAUGCAAAAGAUGAUCCGAUGAAACUCAUGCUGCCAUCUGCACAACUCCCUGACUUAGAGAUGGAGGAUGCUAAGUUAGAUAGUCUCAUCACAGAGGCAUUGAACGGGCUUGGUUAUCAGUCAGACAAUGCAGAAAUUGAUAGUAGCUUUAUUGAUGCAUUUGCAGAUGAUGAGAUCACCACUACAAAAUGCUCAUCUAGUAGACAGACUGUAAAAACCAAGGACUCUGUAAUGUUUGAGAGCCGAAGUAAACAUGAAUUCACAUCGAGUGAAAAAUCAUUAACGCAGCAAAAGUAUACGUUUGACGCAGACUUUGACUGCCUCACUGCCGAGAGCAAACUUUCCGAUGUUACCUACAAAGAAAAUAACCGGGAUUCAGAGGCACAUAAAGAAGGCACCAGAGAGAAGACCUCUCUCACGAAGAGGGAGGAAUCUAACACAUGUACGGAGUGGGUCAAAGAGAAGCAAAAGUCGGAAAAGAUAGCAGAUGAAAGUGAGCUUGGUCCCAGGUUUCUCUUGUCCAGGAACUUUUCAGAAAGAGGUGGACCCAAAACCCCCAUAUCUCCAUCUGCCACUAGAAGUCCCACAACUCAGAAGCCAGUAGUAAAGGAGAGGAAACGAAAAAGGAUCAGUGGAGGGAGCUGGAGUAAGGAGCUCAUUCAUAAAAUAGUUCAGCAGAAAAACAAGCUUCAUAAGCUCCACGUGAAAGGCACCAAAAACAUGCAGUUCUCACUUGUGAUGGAAAGGUUGACACCCACAGUACAAAAACCUGCUUUCAGGGAAUAUGAUUACAUCUCAGAUUCAGAUGAGGACUGUGAGCCUGUGAAGAUAGCCAGCCAGGGCCGCCUUAGUCAGAGCAUCCGUUGCAAAUACACAUAUACAAAAGAAUGUAAAGGAAGAAUAAGAGCUGAUAAGAACAGGGAAAGUCCAUGGAAGCAAGACAAGUUAGAGAGCUUUGAAUUAAAGAAAGCUGAAACCGUCUCACCACCCUCAGUUAAAGAAAUCACUGGCCAUCAGAGGGUGCGAAGACGAAGCAGCAGAUCUUCGACCAGCAGUGAACUCAGCACAUCUGUGAGUGUCUCCAGCGAGAGCAUCAGCAGCCCUAAAAGCAUUGAUCGAACAGAUUCAGACUGUGAAAAAAGAAUGGAGAUAAGGAAAAAAGACCAGGAUACCUUUGAUCAGGACAGAUCUCCACAAAGAAUACUAAAAGAGUCAAGCACGUCAUUAGCUUUGACAUUCACCAAAAACACAAAACAUUAUAGCACUGACAAGAUUUUACUCUCUGAACUUAAAGACAGUUAUACUACGUCAAAGUGUUCAAAUGUCAUCAGUACAAAGGAAGAGACUGCAUCAGAGCACACCUUGACUAAAAGUACUGUCAGCCUUGCAAGAUUCAAAACCACCAGAGUAGAGGUAGAGGAAAAAAUGGACCACUAUGGCUCUGAAAUGGGAAUUGCUGCAAAUACAGAGGAGACCACACCACUCAGCAAAGACUACAAAGAUUACAAACAAGCUAGCAUGCAUGCCAGAAGAACUGGCAUAACAGUGAAUUCAGUGAAGACCAAACAUGAUAAAGAAAUUAAAAGAGAUCAUGCUUCAUCAAAGGGAAAAACAUUACACAAGAAUAAAGAGUCACACCAAGAUUCAGAAUCCUCACCAGCUUCCUUUGAGAACUUAAGUAAUGAUAUUUCUGCAAUCAAAGAACCGAAGACUGAUCAGAGUGACUUAUUCUCUGAGCCGCCAUCACUUUGCAGUUCACUCAUGGAUGAAGUGUGUUUAUCUUCAGCGAAACUUAAUGAUGCACUUCAACAGAAAGACAGAACCUGUCUUAUGCCUUAUACAUUAGAACAUGAGCCAAGUCUCAUGAAAUCCCCCCUUUCGUUCGAUACAACAUCAAUGUUUGACCUUACAGAUAGUGGAUUUGACAAUAACCUGUACCCAGAUAUUCAGCUAACCAAAGAAAGCUUCAGCCCAAUAGAAAGUGCAGCUGACAAGAAAGAGCUGUUUGAAUCCUCCUUUUCACCAUUAUUAGAGCAGAAAGACUGGAGCUUGAUGGUUGAUGUGACUCCAGAACUACCAGAUGAGAUUGCACAGUACAAAGACGAUUCUGACAUAGCAACUGAUAAAAAGACUUGUUUUAAUCCUGUCUCUUUCCCACUGACAGAAAAAAUAAUGGACUACCAUUCAAAUCUCAAUGGUUGUGUCUCUGAUGAUGAGCUUGAGAUCAAGAGAAUUGUGACAGAACUUGAGAACCAGCUUCAGUCAGCUAAGCUAAGUAGUCCUUCUCCACUUGACAAUGAGCCACCAAAACACUUGACUAUGAGUAAAUUUUCACCAUUAAGACUGGAUGACCAUGAAAGUGAGAGUAAUCAGAGUAACUUGGAGGUGGUUUGUCAGUCAGAAAGCUUAGGACUUGCUGCACCAACAGACUCUCACGCAGAACUUUUCUCUGAACCUGACCUUCCAUGGUCUAGUCCAGUUCAGUUUGGGUUAAUGGGUGGACAGCAAUGCCUUCACACCCCAACACACCCUACUGUAACAGACACCCCAAUUAGUUUAGGGCCAGAAACCUUACCUGUAAAGGGUGGUGCAGAAGUAAACAUUCUAUCCACAGAGAAACCAGCAGAACUAAACAAUGAGGAGAAACCUGGGAGCAGUGAUGCUCUUUGCGCGGCUACAAGCAAGUCAGAAGAGAUGAUUGAACAAGAAAUAUACACAGAAAACCUCAUGAAAAGCCUAGAGGUGAUGUCAGAUUCUUUAUCGUCAGGGCUAGAAUCAGCUCAGUUAUCUGCUGAGCAAAAUGAGUGCAACAAAGAACAGGGAAAAGAUGAUGAUGAAAAGACAGAAAAGACUGGGCUUGCAAACGAGUCUGAAAGAGUAGACUCUAGAUACUCUGUGAGAGAACUUCCUGAGUGCUCAUCAGACUUGACUAAAACUUUUUUGGUGCAGCCACCGAAUCUUAUACCAGGUGACAUUUGUGAAUCAAAGUUAGGUAGCAAGAUGGAAAACACCAGUGAUGUUGAGAGUAAUGUCUGUCUGCAUGACAAAGACACACAGAUAAAUGAGAUACAACCUGCAAGCACUUUGGAGUCAAUCAAGGAUGCAGAAGAAUCAAAGUUUCCAUCUAAUAUAUUUCAUCAUAAAACUUGUGAGCCAUCAGUAGAGCCAGGGACAGUCAGUCUUGAACAAGAAGUUUUGGAAGAUUUUAAUUCAGAGGGCCCUCUCACCAAUCCAAAUGCCUUACCAUCAUUACCAGAUGUGCUAAAAGAUGAAAGCACAAAGGCCCUUAAGGAGGAAAGCAGCCAAGCAGAAGAGAUGUUCAUAGACACAAAUGCUACCAAUGAUUCCAAAGACAAACUUGAAUCAGCAUCAGGAAAUCAUAACACACAAGUUGAUGAGACUGAAAAUAACACAGUGGAAAAAGCAAAAGAUAAUGUAAUUCCAGAUAAUGGCCCAGUCCUUGAGAGCAUUAAGUCUCCUCAUGGUGAAGAUCCCCAGUCACAUGAAAUUUUAAGAAAUGACACAAACAUUGGGAGUAUUCAUGAUCAAUCACAAACAAUCCAAGAGGAUCAGAGUUGUGAGGCCACAUUGACAAUGGCGUUUUCUGACGUGCACAGUUCUUGUGGAAAAAAUGUACAAAUCGAUGUGAAUGUGGAUCCAAAACUAGAAGCUGUUCAACCCAUCAGUCCAUCACCACUGGUUUCUCCAUAUGUUUCUACAAAGAGUCCCCCCUUACAAGGAGAAAAGAGUCUAUUAUCAAGUUGUUGGACUAAUAUUAACAUAAUUAGCCCUGCUUUGAUCGAAGAAACCCUGUCCUUUAAGAGUUCUGCAGAUGUGGAUAUUGCUCGGUCACUACAAACCUGUGAGUCAUCCAACACAACUACUGAAAUAAGUAAUCCUUUUGCUUCCAAUCUUAACUUUACAGAAACAACAGAAAGCAAAAUAUCUAGUCCCAGAACAAUGCUAGCUGUGGAGAGCAUCUCCAAACAAUCUUUUUAUGAGUCAAAUGAGAAAUCCAAAAUAUUGGAUGACACCCAAAACAAAGGCAUGUUAGGCAGGUAUGAAUUCAAACUAAGCCCAAUUACUUACAGUGAAGCACAUUUCACUAGCUGCAGACUAAGUUCUGACACUUUAAAUAAAACUAUCGAUGUUCAGUCCAACAUUAAGUCAAGCCCUAAAGACAGCCUCAGCCUCAAUGCUUGUGGACUGAGUCUCUCUACAAAUUGUCGGCUCAGUCCAAUCCACGUUCAAAAUGAGCUUGAAUUAACUACCUACGAUCACUUGGUCAAACUAGACAUACCACAUUUUCAUGACACCCCUAACCAAAAUGACAUUAAGUACUGCUGCAUUUCACCCACCAAUAAUCACCAUGUGGAGCAAAGAGCUUCAGUUGAUGUAGAACAACUAUCAAAACACCACCAAGAUACUAUAAGCACUUGUCAUGUCCCCCUUGAUUCUAUGGAUUACAUGGACUUAAACAUCAAUCUUCUGAGGAAGACAGAUGCUGAGAAUGGGGAAAGGCAGAUAACUGCUUUCAAGCUUGAUGCAUUGCCACAGAACUCAAUUAUGUCCAAUGUUCAAGAACCAACAAAUCCUCAAGAGCAGUUACCAACAGGGUCUAUAAGUUUCACAAGUUUGCCAAGCUCAGUAAUGGGGCAGUGCACAAAGCAGUCAGAAGUAAAGUCCUCACCAAAGAAAGGUAGUGCACAGAAUGCUGUUCAGGGAAAAUUUCAGUGUGAAAUAUGCUUGAUGUUCUUCCGAACUUUACCUGGACUUAAGCGACACAAAGCCAUGAAGCAUGCAGUCAAAACUGAAGGAGGGACACCACAAAAGCCAACUCAUAACAGCCAGGCCUUUGUGCCACAUGCAGCAGAUAUAGAGCUGAAAGAUAACAUGAAGAUUCCUGAUACAGUGGUCUUGCUUAAUCCCAGCAAUGAUGGCACACCUGUAACACAAGGUGAUGUAGCAGCUCUGAGCUCAGCAUUUGAAAGCAAGGAAAAAGAAUCACUUGUUUUAAAAAGUACAAUGAGUAAUGCCAAUGAAGACAUGCCUUCAAUAAACGAGAAAGCUAAGAAAAAUAAAGUUAAAAGAAGCAAGAGCAUGGACAUCAGUGAAGGGAUUAUUAACAAACAAGUAAAGAAGGACCCUUUUCCAGAAGAAUUGCUGAGUAUACUUAAAACAGAUAUCCUACAGGCUAUUUCCCCAGAUUUUCCCACCAUGGCACAACCAGAAUGUCUUAAGUCAAGUGGGAAAAUGAGCCCAGUCAACAGUCCCAGUUAUCAAGAGGUAAAAGUCACAGAGAACAUUCAGGGUCUAAAAAGUGUUCGUGUUGAUGAGAAAGAGAUGAUAACUUUGCCCAGGUGCCCUGAAAUGAACCACCAUGGAGUUGAAGGGAACCAUAAAAUGACAAAGCCAGAGAGCUGUGCAAGGCUAAACAUCUUUGAAGAUAAUGGGCAAGCAAAUGACACCUUUUCUGGGGGAUAUAUUGGCAUUAAAGAAAUCUGUGAUCCAUGUGAGGAUACUUCAAUUGCGAUUAAAAGUGAGACACCAAGUUAUCCCACAGAUGAAAAUGGUUACAACUGUGAGGGCUAUAAAGAUCCACCAAUAAGUCCCAGUGUCCUGGGCAAUGACCUCAAAGAUCUCUUUGAUGAUGAAAACACAUUUUCUCAAUUAUUCCCUAGGAAUGAUGAAAUGAAAAGGAAAAAGUGUGCACGUGUUUAUGGUAAAAGUAACAAAAAGCAGAAACAAAUGCCAAGCUUAGUUUCUGACUACACUGCCUCAAACACAUUUUCUGAUAAAACUGAGGAGUGUAAGAAAAAUUCUGACAACAUAUUUGCUAGCAGUCUGGAUGACAACUGUGAAUAUGAAACUAUAUCACUUGCUGAUGCUGAAAUGCUUGAGAUGUGCCAUAAGAGCACACUUAAAAAUUCUUCUCAGAAAAGUUUUCCACAUGAUGCUAUAACAGAUCAUCAGGUUGAGCAUGAGGAGGACACUCAAGAGACUAGAAUUAGUGACUUUUUAUGCCAUUCAGAGGAUGCCAUUCUAAAUCCUACAGUGAACUUAAUUGUACCUGAAGACAAGAAUAUAGACACAAUGUCAGACACCAAGGAAAACUGUAAAUCUGAUGAGCCUUGCCCUCUGCAGUUGGUCUGUGUUCAGGAUAAUGUGUCUCGCUACCCUAGCAUUGACAUUCAAAACUUUAACACUACAUUCCAGCUCCCUGAAAUCCAACUCUUUGAGAGUGAAAGAGAUAUGUCUGUGAUAGAGCCCAUUGUACCCAAGAAAUCCCCCAAGAAACCCACAGAACGCAGAAAUAGGAAACGAAUUGAGACUGGACUGAAGCCCAAGGACAAGCAAUAUAAGUGCAAAGUGUGUUUCACAUGGUUCCUCACAUUAGGGGAGCUGGACUUCCACAAACUUUCACACAAUCCUUCACCUCCUCCAACUUGUUACAUGUGUGUCCAGCGCAAAUUUAGCUCCCGUGAGCAACUUCGAGACCAUCUAAGGGAGAAGCAUGUCAAGAAUAAAGCAGGUGUCUGGACCUGUGGCAUGUGCUUGAAGGAAAUAUCGGAUGUGUGGAUGUACAACGAACACCUGCGGGAGCAUGCCACGCAGUUUGCCCGAAAGGGACAGUCUCAGAGUUCCCUGCUGGACAUGCCAGGCUGCUUCAUGCAAGAGAAUGCUGUGAAGAACUUCAUCUCAUCGAUCAUGCAACAUCAAUCGAAAAAGUCUAUCAAAGGGGAAAAUGCAAAAACAUCAAAGGAAGAAAGCAAAGGUUCUACAGAUGUCUCUGGUAUGGAGCAAAAAUGCUCAGAUAUGGGUGAGCACGAAACAAUAAAGAGCAAAGCAGCAAGUGGUGUUGGAGGAAGCAAACAUAGUAUAUUCACACCACUUGAAGUUCUACCCAAAGCAGACACUACCCCAAAAAAUGUUGAGAUGCAUCCCAAUUGCAAAGAUCCCUCAAGGGACUGUCACCACUGUGGCAAGCAGUUUCCCAAACCCUUUAAGCUUCAGCGACACUUGGUGGUUCACAAUUUGCAAAAGAUUUUCAUGUGUCACAAAUGUCCAGUUUCGUAUCAGCAAGCCAAGGAUCUUAAAGAUCACCUAAAAAGUGAACAUGAGGAGGUGGAUGAAUUCGAUUCAAAGCACACUACCCUGUACACAUGUGAGCUCUGUGCUGAUGUUAUGCAUGUAAUUAAGAAGUCCUUUAUCUGUAGUACCUGCAACUACACUUUCUCUAAAAAAGAACAGUUUGAUCGUCAUAUGGAGAAACAUCUGGCAGGUGGCAGCAAAAUAUUUAAGUUUAGGGGAGUUGUGAGACCCUGCAAGUCCAAAGAGGAUGACUUUGCUAUGCCUCCUAACAAGAAGAGGAAGGUACUGCCUGAAAAUUCUCAAGAAAACAGCUUAAACAUUGCCAGCAUCGUAUCUGUACCUUUACAGCAGAGUACCGACAUAGAGGGUUUUAAACCAGUCAUGGACAACUCUACAUGCAGCAGCACUGAUGAAGAAAAACAGUCUACUGACACAAAUAAUACAAGUGUAAAAAUUGAGGACGUGGCAGAAGACCUUUCUGGGGCUCUAGAAGAACUGGGGCAGCAUCAGCCCCAAAUGACUUCUGCUGAAAACACUGUUAACCCAAAGACUAUGACCAAGGAAGAAGAUAAUGAAGAUUUGCAUUCACAUGAUGUUCCAGGAACAGAUACGAAAGAGGUCAGGACAGAUCACAAGUGCUCCCUGCCUGAGGUCUGUGAUGUUAAAGUUGAGGAUGACUGUGGAGCAAUUCAGACGACAUUAACAAUGCCAGAUCCAAAUGAGAGUAGUGUCCCUGAUAACAAGAUGAAAGAUUCCACCGAUUUGGUAAUUGCAGAUGAAAAGGAGACAGAUUCGGAUCUUUGUCGUUUGCAAUUUUCUCGCCAUCAAACAGAAGACACUUUGCCAAAAGAGGACUACAGUCCUAAUGUCUCACUAUCCACUGAGAUAAAUCAGCUGAUGCGGGAGGAGAAAAACGAGUGCGCAUCCACUGGCGGAAAUGAAAACGAGCAAGUCAUGAAGACUAUUGACCAGUCAGUAGGUGUCCUGGGUAAAGAACGAACAUCUGCUAAGUCAGAAGAAAACAUUAAACAAUGCCUUGACAAUAGCACAAGAUCUGGAAACAUUGGAGUCACAGAUGCUGCAGGUGUAAAUCCUGCCAAGAUUUCCCUCAGCUCCAAUACAGUUGAAGACAAGGACUGUGUGAAACUGAAAAAAAGGAAAGAUCUUAAGUUGACGCCAAGCUCGCCAAGGACAACAUCCGUCGUUACUCGUGAGAAUCUUGGAAUUAACCCAAAAGUGAAAAAGAAAUUUCGGUCCAACAAAUGCGAGAGACUGACUGGUCAACGGAAAGGAGACAUGUCUGUCGACUAUCCUGUGCUCACAUCAGUAAAGGAUGAAAUGACUAGUAAUAAAAUUGUCUCAAAGCAUAAAAUAGGAACUCUGGACCUACAACCAAAGAGAGGCUCUGACAAUUUUUCACCCAAGAAAGGAGAGCUCGUCCGUCAUUUGAACUGGGAUUGCAGAGGGAAAAAGGGUGUGCCUGGUAGAGCCAUUCAUUCUGCCACCUCCAAGGUGUCAGUCACCUCCCUGAACAAUUCAUUUAACAAAUCUCGUCCAAAACUUGGGGUCAAAUCUGUGGAGACGCAAUCAUUUCAUACUGCAGAGUCACACAACAGCCUCCUUAGCAAGCUAUUUGGCCAAAGACUCACUGGUUUUAAGAUUCCAUUAAGGAAGGACACUUCUGAAUCCAUUAACUGAGAAUUAGAUGCUACUAAGGAGGAGGGAACUACAUUAUCCACUAGAUGAUCAAGACAGUUUUGUAAAUGAGAUUGUAUGGCCCUCCUCUAAGAAAUAUAUUUUUUAAUUAGUCACUUUAUUAUCUUGUAUCUUCUUGUAAAUGUUUUCACAUGAUCGUGAGGACAUGUGAUAAAGUUUAUAAAUAUGAAAUGAACUAGCUGGUAUGCCGGCCAACUUUUACAAAUAACUUUAUUUUCUCUACCUUGAAGUUGAACAUUAAGUUACAGAGUCUGUAUUUCAUGAAAAAAAAGAAAAUAAUUGAAAAAAACUGUACUUGAAAGUUAACUGAGAUGUUUUUUUUUUUUUUCAAAUUAUGCAUGACACAUUCACCACGUGUUAUAGAUGGGUUUUAUUUUAUUUUUCUUUUGUGCAACAGUACCAAAUGAUAUUCCAUUUCUGAACUACAUCAAUGUGCCUUUUUUGUACGCUUCAUAGAAUUACGCUUUCAUACUCUUUUACCUUACUGUAUUACAGUGACAUUCAAUGUAUUAGCUUUUGUAUAAACAUAAUUGGUGCUAUGUUAUUUUGAUUUUUAUAGUAAUGUGAACACAAAUGUCCUCUAACUGAAGGGAACAUGUAGCGGAUACAUUCAUCAAAUCAUUCUUGCUGGUACUCUAUAGUUUCCUAAAAAAAAAAAAUUGAUUCAAAAAAAGGGUUAAUUUGUCAAAGUUUUAAUUUGGUUUUCUCAAAAGAGGGCAUUGGGGUUAGCCUUUCUCCAUGACUAAAUUGAGUAUAAUUCCUGUUUGAUUUGAUGAACUCAGGUGCUAACAAGGAAAACUCUUGCGCAUGGACCCCUUAUUAGAAAUUCCUCUCAUGCACUGAUGUUACUACAUACCAAAUCCACAAUCAGUUAGCUAGAUGUCAUCCAAAUGUUUUAUUAUUAUUAUUACUAUUAUUUACUAGAACACAAAAGGUGCUUUAUCUUGUUUAUAUGUAUCUUAUAUUGUAUUAUAUUGUAGGUAGAUUAUCUCUGGUGCAAUGCGUUAUAAUGUCAAAGUUUUAUUUUAAUAAUGUGCAACAGAUGAAGAGAAUGAGUAAAGGGAAUUGCUAAGCCUAGCAAAGGCUUAUAAGUGGUUCACAAAAUGCCUCAUAUAAAGUUGGUUAUUAAAAAUCUGCAGUCUUC